AUGACCACUAUUAGAUGUAUUUUAGUAGUGGCCGUUAAGAAAGGCUGGGGUUUGUACCAAUUGGAUGUCAAUGAUACGUUUCUACAUGGUGAUUUGCAUGAGGAAGUUUAUAUGAAGUUCCCUGCCGGCAUUUCUCCUCCUGCUCCUAAUUUGGUUUGUCGUUUAAAGAAAUCCCUAUAUGGUUUUCGUCAAGCCUCGAGGCAAUGGUAUACUCGCCUUACCGCAACUCUUAAUUUCAAGGGUUUCAGUCAUUCUUUGAAUGACUACUCUCUUUUUUAUAAGAAGUCUGAGGAUUCUAUUUUAUUAGUGGCUGUGUAUGUUGAUGAUAUACUUCUUACGGGCAACAAUGUGGCAGAAUUGGAUGAUUUAAAAUCAUUCUUAGAUGUUGAAUUUAAAAUCAAAGACCUAGGGCACUUAUCUUAUUUUCUGGGGAUGGAAGUUCUUCGUGAAUCUUCUGGAAUCAUCUUGACUCAACGCAAAUUUGCUCUUGAACUGCUUUCUGAGUUUGACUACUUUGGCCUGACCACUGCUUCCUCUCCUCUGGAUCCUUCUAUUAAGCUGCAUGCUGAUGAUGGUACUCUGCUUCCUGACCAUACUGUGUAUUGUCGUCUUUUGGACUUUGAUUGGGGCUCUUGCCCGGACUCUCGUCGUUCUAUUAGUGGGUUCUUCAUCAGCCUUGGUGGUUGCCCCGUUUCUUGGAAAUCUAAGAAGCAACUAUCUGUCUCUCUUUCAUCCGUCGAACCUGAAUACAUAUCUAUGCAAAGAGUGGUCGCUGAGCUCACUUGGCUUGUUCGUCUCCUUGAUGACCUUUCUAUUCCGCUAACCUUGCCUAUUCCUCUUCACUCUAAUAGUCAGGCAGCGAUUCAUAUCACCAAAAAUCCGGUCUUUCAUGAACGCACGAAGCAUGUGGAACUUGAUUUCCACUUCAUGCGUCAACAAUUUCAGGCUAGUUUGAUUUCUUUAACUUUUGUUCCGUCGCACUCACAACUUGCUGACGUCUUCACCAAACCCCUCUCUGGUCCGCUUCAUCGCUCAUUGUGUAUGCCUAGAAAGUCUACAAGGAUUGGAGAACUACUUGAAGGACUCUCAGACCCCGAGCAAACAUUCUGGGCAUUGAACCGUGCCAACAAAAGAAUUAAACAAUUCUUACAAACACUCAAAAUCGAAAUUAACAUGGGAGACGUAAACGAUCCCAACGGAAACGUCAGGAAUGAGCAAGCUGGCUUAAAUGCCAGGGAAGGGGCACCUCCUGUGCCUGAGGGUGCAUUAUAUGACUGGCCAACAGCUGACAAUUUGGCUACUGCCAUUGUU